GGUGCUGCUGUCGGGACUCAUAGGCGUCGUCUCCUGGAAGAGGCCUCUCUCCCUCGUGAUAACCUUUUUCAUGCUGCUUUCUGCAGUGUGUGUGAUGCUGAAUUUGGCUGGUUCAAUUCUCUCUUGUCAGAAUGCUCAGCUAGUCAGCUCUCUAGAAGGCUGCCAGUUGAUUAAGUUUGACAGUAUGGAGGUGUGUGUCUGCUGUGAGCUGCAGCACCAGUCGUCCGGCUGCAGCAACCUCGGGGAGACGCUGAAGCUGAACCCACUGCAGGAGAACUGCAACGCCGUGAGGCUGACCUUGAAGGAUCUCCUCUUCAGUGUGUGCGCCCUCAACGUCCUGUCCACCAUUGUGUGUGCGCUGGCCACAGCCAUGUGCUGUAUGCAGAUGGUCUCCUCCGACGUCCUGCAGAUGUUCCUUCCACAGAGAUUGCAUCCCGCCAACCCCGCCUGCGUGACUCCCCACGGCACCGUUCUCCACCAGACCCUGGAUUUCGACGAAUUCAUCCCCCCACUCCCGCCUCCACCCUACUAUCCCCCAGAGUACACCUGCACACCCUCGGCUGACGCCCAGAGGGGCCUCCACCUGGACUUUACUCCGUCUCCAUUCAGCACUUUGUAUGACGUGGCCAUCAACAGCCCCGGCCUGCUCUAUCCUGCUGAGCUCCCCCCUCCGUACGAGGCGGUGGUGGGCCAGCCCCCUGCCAGCCAGGUUACAAGCAUAGAUCAGCAGGUGGCUGAGUCCAGCUCCGGGGACCCAAACACCAGUGCUGGCUUCAGCACUCCAGUACCAGCUGACAGCACAAGCCUCCUGGUGUCUGAGGGCACCGCCACGCCAGGUUCCAGCCCAUCCCCUGAUGGCCCUGUAGGCACCCCAGCGCCCCCUGAACCUGCCCUUCACCCUGGCUGUGUGUCUCUGGAGGAUCCUGGUAUGGGCUCGCAGGUGCAGCCAGGUCCUGGGCAUGUGUCCCGAUCUACCAGCGACCCCACCUCGUGCACAUCUGGCACAGCAGUUUCCAUGUCUCGCUCUGCCACGGCUGCCUGUCGGGCCCAGCUUUCACUAGUGAGAGACCCAGAUACCUCGAAAGUCGACCAACGGCCAGCACCAGAGGCCUUCCCGGCGGCCUCCAAAGAGCGGCCACGCUCUUUAGUGGACAGCAAGGCCUAUACGGACGCCAGGGUUUUGGUGACUAAGUUUCUGGAACACUCACACUGUGCCCUUCCCACCGAGGCGCAGCACGUGGGGGGUGCCGUGCACGUGGCCGUCACCUCCGAGGAGCCCCCCGAGGAGGAGGCCGUCUUCAACGCCAGCGUUCUGGACCAGGUAUGAAGGAGCCACAAGUCUGGCCGUGGACAGCAACGGGCCUGGUGCCACAGAUGUUCUUUCCAGAAGCCGCUUGCCUGACAGAGGCUUCAGGCCCAGCUUGGCUGAGGACAAAUCGGGGGGCGGGGGGACACCCAGGAUCAUCUGGGGGCAGCGAGGGCAGGAAACUGUUACUCCCUCUCUCCAGGGGAGCUGAGCAGUCGUUUCCUUGGGGAUUGCAUUUCCUACCUGGCCUGGUAAUUUGGAAAGAUUGCUCUCAUGUCCACAGUGAACUCUAUCUGGCGUGGAGGAGCUCGAACUGAGCAGCAUUGCACGAAUGUGAAUACAGCAACAGGGGACACUCAUGUCACCUAAAGACUCUAAGUAUCUCCAACAUCAGGGCCAUCCAAAACAGGAGUCUCCCACCCCCAAUUUAACUUAGUGUUCAGUGGACAGAGAGCGGCAUCGAA